AUGCCUCCCCCUCUAUCGCUACCCCUUCUGACCCGCCUCGCCCACCGAGCUGGAGCUGCAGCCUCUACCGUGGGCGCCAAUGCCCUCAUGCGCUGCCGCAGCGUCACGGCGAGGCCGGCGCCGCAGCAUCGUUAUCGCCUGCCCCUCGUCGCUUUCUUCAGCGCAUCCCCCUCCGCGGCGUUGAAGAAGCACGAGAUGCCACCCAGGCCCAGACCGCCCCCAGACUCGGACAUCGAGGAGUCCUACCUCAAGGGCAGUGGGCCGGGUGGCCAAAAGAUUAACAAGACGAGCUCGGCCGUGCAGCUCAAACACAUCCCCACAGGCAUCGUCGUCAAGUCCCAGGCCACCCGCUCCCGAACCCAGAACCGCAAGAUUGCCCGCGAGAUCCUGGCGCAAAAGAUUGACGACCUGCAGAACGGAGAGCAGAGUCGUUCUGCAAUAGUAGGCGAGGUGAAGCGGAAGAAGGCAGCGAGCGCCUCGAAAAAGAGCAAGAGAAAGUACCGCCAGCUGGAGGAAGAAAAGGCACAGGGCGAAACGGCCGAGGUGGAGAUCCGAGAGCAACAUGCUGAGGACCAGACGAACAGCGCACCGACCGCUGCUGAACCAUCCUCACUUUCAUCGGCCGUCAGCCCAGAUGUGCAAAGCACAAGACUGUAA